AUGACAUACAAUGUAAACAAUACUAAUAUGGCUGAAUACUUAAAUAAAUUAAGGGUGUAUGAUCUGAAUCAGUUAUGUAGAAAAUUUUUAUUACCGCAACAUGGGAAGAAGGUAGCCAUAAUUGAACGUAUAUUACAAUACAUUACUGAUGUUGAAAGAGAAGAACAAAUAUAUGAAUUUAUUUUGGCAACCAAACCAUCAAUAUUUGAAAUAAUAAAUGAUAAAAGAAUGGGUACAAAUAUACUUCAUGAUAGUAGUAAAUUAUUUUUUUCUAAUUCUAAUUAUGUUAGAAAUGAUAAUAAUAUAAAUGUUAAUUGUAAUAAUAUAGAUAAACUUGCAUAUGCAAGCAGUGACCCUCCUUCAACGAAAAAAGCUGCCUCUUCUACAGCAAGAAAGGGCAAAGUCAAAAUAUAUGAAGAAGAUAACGAAUUUUCGACGUGUGUAUGUGGAGGAAUGUCUAAAAAUAUGAGCAGCAAGAACGGAAUAGUAAAAUGUAUUGAAUGUAAAAAAAGUCAACACGUAAGUUGUUAUAUACCUAAUACGUUUAUAAAUAAGGACUUGAGUAAUUAUGAAAUAUUAUGUAUAGCUUGUCGUGUGAAGGAUAUGGAUCCUUUUUAUCCUAUGAAAAAAGUAUUGUGGAUGAAAAAUAUAAGUACGAAUACUGAAAAGUUAAUGAUUAAUGCUAGUGAUAUAAAACAAUGGAGAAAUGAAAAUAAAGAUGUUAUCGUAUUUUGUAUUAAUUUGGAACCUCAAAAUUUAAAAAAUACUGCACCAAUAAAACAAGAAUGGCCAAAGACCUUUAAUUUGAAGGUUAAUGGAAAUAUUACUGAAAAAAUAUUUGAACCCUCAUGGGAACAUAAAAGAAGAGACAGUCCAUUAAAAAUUACUCAUACAUUGAAAGCAGGUAUUAAUAGUAUUGAUAUUAUUAGUACAAAUUAUGAUAUACCUAAAUUAUUUGUUGUGACGUUUGCCUUAUGUAAAUAUGAAUCUGAACAAGUCAUAAUUGAAAAUGUUAUUUUAAGAAGUUCUUUAAAUUUUAAAGAUGCAAAAGAUAGAAUUGUAAAUAUAUUAUCUACGAAACAUGAUAGUGACGAAGUUAUGUGUAUGGAAGUUAAUAGAAAGGUUAGUUUACAUUGCCCAUUCUCAUUAGAUAGAAUUCUGAUACCUUGUCGAGGUAUCAUGUGUUCACAUAUAAAAUGUUUUGAUUUAAAAUCAUUCAUUGAUGUUACUAAAAAAACAAAAGCAUUUAAUAAUAGAUGGAAAUGUCCUAUCUGCUCUUUUUAUUUACGACCAAAGAACCUUGUUAUAGAUACAUUUAUUACCUAUAUACUUUCACAAGUACCCAAAGAUAUUAAAGAAAUUGAGCUAAGUAAACAAGCGGAAAUUAUUUUCAAUAAGAAUAAUCAGGAACCAAAAGUGAUAAAACAGUUGGAUGACGUAGACACAUUGGAUUUACAAAAAAAGCAUAUUGAUAUUAAAAAUGAGUAUAUUAUGGGCAAAUCUUAUAAUGAACAAAAAAAUAAUAACUCUUUCAAUAACGAUGAAAUAAUAAUUUUAGAUUCAGACACAGAUGAUAACAACAGUACAUAUAAUAUCAAUUGUGAUAAAUACAAUAUGGAAAAAAAUAAUAACAUUAUACAAGGCAAUCAAGAAGUUAUAUGUAUAUCGGAUAGUGAUGAAGAAAAUGUACAUGAAAAAAAUAUAAAUGGUAAGAAUAUUUCGAAUGAUAAAUGUUCAUCUCGUAUAAAUAUGAUAGAAUAUCAAGAUGUAAAUAGACGAGUUAAUGAAUUAUUAAAAAGAAAUUUCUUACAAUCAAAAAGUGGAACAUUUGUUGGUAGUCCUGAAAUGUUUUUUAAUAAUAUUGUUCUUGAUGUCUUGACUGAUUUUAAUAAUAUUCAUGUUAAUGAAAUUUCAAGUAUACAAGAUUAUGAUAUUAUGUUAAAAGAAAGUACAAAGACUAUAAGUAAUAUUAAUAAAAUUGUCAACAUGACAAAUGAUGAUAAAAAUAUUACAUCAUCUACUGAUAGUAAAAAUAGUUCCUCAUCUAAUUUUAAUAAAAAUAUUACAUCAUCUAAUUUUAAUAAAAAUAUUGCAUCAUCCAAUUUUAAUAAAAAUAUUACAUCAUCUAAUUUUAAUAAAAAUAUUACAUCAUCCAAUUUUAAUAAAAAUAUUACACCUUCUACUACUAAUAAUAUUCAUAAUGAACUUGAUUUGUCUGCUGUGGCUCUCUUAGAAUAUUACAGUAAAAAAAAUAAUAUUCCUAAGGAUUUAUCUUAUAUAAAUUCACAGCUGUCUCCCUUUGAAUUAAAGCCGGUUGAAAAUUACAUAAAUAUAUCUAAUUCUUUAGAUGAAAAUAAUAUUCUUAUAUUAGAUACACUAAAAAAGAAGAAUGUAGAUACUUCAGGGGUUUCGAUUGAAAAUCAGUUAGAUUCGAUAACAAAAAGUUUUAAUAAUAUAAUUCAAGGUGAUAAUAAAAAUGAUAAUAACAAUAAUAAUAAUAAUAAUAAUAAUAAUGAUGGUAAUAAUAAUGCUACUACUAUUAAUAAUAAUAAUAAUAAUAAUAAUAAUAUUACUAAUAAUAGUAAUUAUUAUAAUCUCAGCAGUUGUAGUGAUUACAAUAGUAAUUAUGAUAAUGAUAAUUUGAUUCCUUUCGACGUUUUUAAUAUAAAUGAAGCUCAUUUAUCGUUAGACCAAACGCAACAAAUAAUUCCCUCCGAUACAAUUAAUAACACAGAAAAUAAUAAUACUAGUACAAAUAAUAAUAAUAAUAAUAAUAAAAACUUUUAUUUAAAAUUUGAAGAGAGGUUUAAUAUGAAUAAUGAUAGAAUAAUUACAAAUAAAUUACCAGAUGAAAAUAAUUUCCAAGCUUUAAAUGAACUGAAUAAAGAACUUAGAAACGCACACAAUCUUAGUAUAAUAAAUUAUGAUAAUAAUAAUAAUAAUAACAACAACAAUAAUAACAACAACAAUAAUAAUAAUAAUAAGUUAAAUAAGAAGAAAAAGAAGAAGAAAAAUUCAAUUACUACAAAUAUAAAUAAAAAGAAUAACAACAAGAUUAAUCGUAGUAAUAAUAUUAAUAAUUCCUAUUCAAGUUUUAGAAGAAUUGAUAGUAUAUGUAAUAAUUUUAACUUCUCUAUGAUAAAGUAUAGUAAUAAACAUAAUAAUAAUAAUAACAAUAAUAGUAAUAAUAUUAAUAGUAAUAAUAUUAAUAGUAAUAAUAUUAAUAAUAAUAACAAUAAGAGAAAAAAUACAAAUAAUAAAACUAUUUAUCAAUAUAUUAAUCCUAACAAUACAAAUCAACAUUUUAUCAAACGAUUAAGGAAAAAUAAACGAAUUAGUAAAAAAGACAAAAACCUAAAAGAAAAUCAAAAAAAGAAAAUUAAACGAAAAUAG